AGGAAGCCGAAAGUCAACAGAAGUAGCUGACGCGGCGCAGCGGCCGCCAUGGAGCAGGACGGGGAGCAGCUGUCGGCUCGUCCGGCUCUGGAGUCGGAGGGGCUGCGCUUCCUGCACGUCACCGUGGGCUCCCUGCUGGCCGCCUACGGCUGGUACCUGGUCUUGGGCUGCAUCCUCCUGGUGGCCGCCUUUCAGAAGCUCUCCGCCCGCCUGAGGGCCUCCGGGCAGAGGCAGCCGGCCCGGCGGCAGCUGCUGUGGGUUCCCCCCGAGGACGUUGUGAGACGGCAGGAGGCUCUCGCAGCCGCGCGCCUGAAGAUGCAGGAAGAAUUCAAUGCCCAGGCAGAAAGGCACAAGGAGAAGCUACGACAGAUUGAGGAAGAGAAACGUCGAAGGAAGAUUGAAAUGUGGGACAGCAUGCAAGAGGGCAAAAGCUACCGAGGCCAGGCCAAGCCACAGGGAGAGAGCCCGGGCCCUUCUCCGUCCAGCCUCAACAAACGGCCAGCAGACAGGAAGAAGCCUCUCCGUGGGGGUGGUUACAACGCUUUGUCCGGGGAAGGAGGGGGAGCCUGCGCCUGGAGACCUGGACGCCGAGGCCCAUCAGCUGGCGGAUGAGGCUAAGGCCUUGCUUGCCCCGUGUCACUCGACACCAAGCAAGACCAGGCCUCCUCCACCCCCCACAAACCCCUUCAAUUGUCUUACGCACACUUUCUCACAGUGACCCGCCCCCGCCCAGGGGGGGACAUGAGCCUCGUUUCUGUUCUCCACUGCCCGCAUCUCCACAGCCCCAGGGGGGCAACAGCGGGCCCACCACUCUUUCAAAGGAGCCCACGGAGCUCCCAGGUCCAUAAACAGGGGGACCUAGAGGGAACGGACGCCCCCCUCACAGCUAGGACAGUCUCUGUGACAAGGUUGCAUCGAAUGACGUCCUCCUUGUAAAUGGUGAAGCCACCACCAAGGAUUACCGAGGUUCCAGUUGACGGGGUUUUUCCGUAAGGCCUGCUUUCCAGGCACAGACCACCUUAUUAGAAGGCAAUAAAGGUUUCAACGAGCAUA